AUGGUCAAGGACAUGGACUAUCCAGAAAUUGCAAAGAUGGAUUUCUGCGAGGUAAUCGUCGAAAGUAUGAAGGAAGGAGCCAAGAUAUGGCAGAAGCACAGGAUGUUGCCUCAGGAAGAAAAGAACAAAAAGCAUGUCAAUGGUUUGGUACAGGGACCAGUAAUCAUGUACCUCGACUCCCUGCUGCUGCCAACCGACACAAAAGAAAUGCGGAAGAUUGCAAAGACAAUGGACAAGACCUCAUUACCACGAGCAAACCAUCUCAAAGAGAGUGACCUAGCGAAAAUAGCUAGAGCAGACAUGAAAAGGGACGGAAAAGCACGACCAGAUGACUAUGAAUUUGGCAAAAGAUACAUGUAUAGCUCUAUUGCUCAGCUGGAGAACAAUCAAGUCAGCAGUCCUGCCAACCAAAUGCAAGAGGCUGACCCACAAUCAACCGUUAGCAUAACAAACGACAAAGAAGAAGAAAACAACGAAGAGGAGGUAUCACAAGCACUGCAAGACCAAGAGACAACCCGUGUUGAAAUUGAACCCCAUAGUGAACCUCAAACAGACGAAGGCAUCACAGAACAGGAAGUUUGUGUACAAGAGAUUUCCAGUGCCACAACAUUGCAGAUCACCAUCACGAGUACAAAGGAGAAAGCCCAAGACAUCCCAGCCGAUGAGAAACUAGAGACUGUUAUACCUGACAAAGGAACAGUCGAUGCAGGCACGAAUAACCCAGUCAUCAACACAGAGGAAACAAACGAGUACGUUGAUAUCGAAGAUCAAGAAGCAACACAACCAAAGGAAACUGGAAAACACACAGAACUUCAAACAACAACAUCUGAAGGGGCACAAGAAGCUCAAGAGAGCACCAACAAUCAAGACCAUCAAACACAACCAGAGGAGCCCAAUGAACAACCCGAACAUGUUCUUCAAACGACAGAGGAGACCAGUGAGCAAAACGAGGGCACUGAAGAAGGGCAACAUGUUCUUCAAACGGCAGUCAUCAACGUCACAGAAGACCAAGCCCCAAAAUAUUCACUCACAGAAAAACACGCAGCAGAGAUGGCAACAGCGACAAUGACUGAAAAGCUACAAGACAAAAACGACGGCAGCGGUGAUGAACUACAAAAGAAAGAACAAGAAGAUGCCCAAAAACCUCCACUCAACGAAGAACAAGCACAACAGUCAGCAGAGACAACAGAAGCAGCAACGAUUGAGGAGCUGCAAGACAAAAACCAUGAUAGUGACGAUGAACACCAAAAUAAAGAACAAGAGGAUCCCCAAGAAACUACACUCAACGAAGAACGGGUGGAACAGUCAGCAUCACCAACCACAGCUCAACAGAAACACGAAGAAGGCGACCAUAGAGAUACAACCAAUGAAGCAAACACACAGAUUGUUCCAGAGAAAGAACCAGAAACUAUCGAAGAAAACCCUACACCGUCGUACAAUGCCAAUUCCCCUGGCAGAGAGGUCAGUGCCAACCAGGUCGAGACUGAAAAACAAGACGGAAAAGACCACCAGCAAGACAUGACGGUUGACAAGGAAAAACAUGAUGCUAAGAAAAGCACAGACGACUCAAAUAAGAUGGAGCAGAAACUGAACAAAAGGGUACAACGCAAAAAGAACAACAUGACAUGCCGCAAAAAGCAGAAGGAGAACAAGAAAGGAACAACACUGGACAGGACAUAUCUUCCAGCAUCGAAGCAGCACAUGGAGAAAGGGGGCAAAGAUAGUGAUUCCGUCAACAAAGCCAUCGAGACCUGUACAACGCUGGAUGAGCUUUUCAUUACAACGGACAAGUUUGAUGUCAAUCUAGGUCAUGUCACCGAAAGCUUCAAGGUCGGUAAAUCAGUACGCACCGAAGCAAUCGAGUCCAUGCUAACAAUCUUGAGAAAACAACUCAAUGGCACAGGGAGAAAGAUUCUGUCGUUAAGCAACACUAUUGUGCUCGGUGUUAAAACUGGAGAAGAAGAAGGACUUGCAGAAUUCAAUGAGGACGAAGCAUUGAAACAGUUUGCACCCCUUGUAACAGGGAAGGAACUUUUAGAGAAACAACUGACAAAGGAGUCGUCCGACCUCUUCCAACUAUUCAUGAGCGACAACUGGCAGGAGGAAUACAAAAACAAAACUAUAUUUAAGCGCAUCCGUAGGGACAUUGAAAGCACGCAACUUACUGGAGCCCAAUUGAAGGCAGUAUUUGGUCCAAGACCAGCACAGACGAACAUACCACAUCAUAUGGAAAAGAGGGUGCUCGAUGACAUAGCAGAAAUCUCGGAAAGCAGACAAGAUUCAAAAGAGAGUGACAGAGUAAUAUUAGGCCCAAACUUUGCAGAGCAUAUACUGAAAUUAAAUAAAGACAAAACUAUUGUUGCAAAAUUUAAAAGUGAAUUGCAAAAAACAAAGAAUCAGCUGGUUCCCAUGUAUCUCAAAAAAAAGCAACCGAAAAAGCUCUCAACAGCAAACAUGACAUUCAUUCCAAUGGAGAAGCAUGACCGCUACGUAUUAUAUGCGCUGGACAAAUACAAACACAAAGUUCACAUUAUUGAUCCUCGAGAAGCGACUCCAGAGGAAUUUGAGAAAGAAAAGAUAGACGUGGAUAAAUUGGAUCAAGAUGAAGCAUGUCAAGUUCUUCAGAAACAUGAAGAUGCUCAAAAAGAAAGAGAAACACAGUUUGAGGAAUAUCACGCUCAUAAGUCGGUACCUAGGAUUAAAGAAGUCUUCAACACCAUACUUGAACAAACAAUGAAUGCAAAGAAAACAAGAUGGCAGAUUCAUACCGUGCAAGAUGUUCCACUGGUAGAAAAGGGCGAAUCACCAUUUGCUGUUUUAAAGCUUGCAUUCCUCUACAAUGGUGAAAAGUUCGUCGAAGACCUGGAAGAUUUGACAGAUGAGGUCGAAGACUGGAGGGCAGAGGCAAUGUACAUUCUCUUAAGUAGCGCGAGAUGA